GCCACCGACACGUAAUUCCAAAACAUACAUUCAACAGCAACCAUGGACGCAGCUGCAACCCGCAAACAACUCAGGAUCAAGUCUGGCUCUGCAAAAAGGCUUUACAAAGAACAAAACAUGUAUCGUGACGAAGUAGAGGACCAGAAGCGGAAACUGGAUAAGCUCGUAGCAGAUGGUGCAGAGGAAUGGGACGUAAAGAACGCCAAAAAGAUGCUAGAGGAGUCCAAGAAGAUGGUCGUUGACGCCGAUACACGGUUGGGGAAGACGGUGGCCGAUUUGAGAGACCUUGUGGUCCUCGCAAAGAGGGACCCUGCGUUCGCGGAAGAUGAGCAGUUAAUAGCUGCCGAGGAAGCUUUGGAAACGGUUAGCGUUUGAGGUAAUGGUGACGCCCAUGGCAGAGUCAGAUGUAGGAAUGCCGGAGCGCGAGUACUACCUUGUAAGAUAAAACCCGUGGUCGGGAAGAAGAUACCGUACAAUUUUGUAUAAAGACAAUUGUAUUCUACGCACCUAUUAU